AUGCUCAACAAAGCCCAGCCCGACGGACAGGAAUCCACUUCGGCCCCUCCAAAGCCCCCCGCACGAACGUUCUCCCCAGAUGCAUCCCUCGUGCUGGUCGGCAUCCGCGGCUGCGGCAAACGCUCCUUAGGCUUUGUUGCGGCAACAGCCCUCAAACGCCGCUUCAUCACCGAAGACCACUACUUUAAAGAAGUCACUGGCCUCACGCGACAGGAAUACCUCAAGGGACAUGGCAGCCAAGAGUUCCAGCGGCGGGACAUCGAAGUCUUGAAAACGAUGCUGGACAACCACCGCACCGGCUGCGUCAUGGAGUGCGGGCUGGGGAGCAUGACGCGCCCUGUGCAAGAGCAUCUGCGUCGUUAUGCGCGCACCAACCCGGUUGUCCAUUUGGUGCGUGACAUCGGCCGCAUCCAGCAAUUGCUCGGCCUGGAGGAUCAGGCGAUGCGAUUGUUCAAAGAGGGAGACCCGCUACAUCGGAUGUGCUCGAAUUUUGAAUUCUAUAAUGUCGAAGACCGGACGCGGGCGCCGGAUGAUGGAAGUCCGGAUCGCCGGUCGGCGGAUUAUUCCUUCAAAUUGCAGGAAGUGAAGGAGGACUUCACACGUUUCGUGCAGUUCAUUACUGGGUCGGAUGUGAACAGUUCCAGCUAUGACUCGCCGUUUGUGUUGUUGGAGACACCCCCGGAGUUGAGGUCUUUCACACAUGCGAUCUUCGUGCGAUCGUCGGAUCUGAUUGCUGAUCAUGUCAAUCUGGCCGAACUGGAGUCUGGCGGUGACGCUAUUGAGCUGUGCGUUGAUCGCUGGGGUGUCGAUAUGCCGGCAACCAUCAGCAAGCAGGUCUCUGUGCUCCGGCGCAAUGCGCGGGCCCCAAUAAUUCUCUCCGUCGACACAUCCACCACUGGAGUCGGAGCAGCGGCUCCUUAUUACGAGAUACUUGAACACGGUCUUCGUUUAGGAGUGGAAUACCUCGUGGCAGACCUCACCCAAGAUCGAGCCCAAUUAGCAGGCAUCAUUCGAGGGCGUGGAAAGACAAAGAUAAUCGGCCAACAAAUAUUUUCACCUACCACCACAACCUCCACAGCCUCCACGCCCUGGGGCCCAGAUAGCGUGGCUACCUACCAUGAAGCCGAGAAGCUAGGGUGCCAGCUCGUACGCCUUCUCCGUGUCUCCUCGACUCGCGAAGACAAUACUGCUGUCAUUGAAUUCUCUAACAAAAUCCGGUCUCUUGCCGGUACCCACCCACCACUCAUUGCCUACAAUAUUGGCGCCUUGGGACGCACUUCACAAGUCUUCAAUUCUAUCCUCACAUCCGUCACUCAUCCCGCCAUUACAAGCUCAAAACAUGAGAAUGACCCCACCAUCACCUCCCGCGACGCCGUUCGCGCCCUCUUCCAAAGCUACAUGCUGGAUCCCCUCAAGUUCUACAUAUCUGGUGAAAACGUCGCAUACAGUCUCUCCCCCGCCAUGCAUAACGCAGCCCACCAACAUUGCGGCAUGGGUCACACCUACAGUAUCCCACCCGCCCCGUCGCUAGCAGUCCUCGACCAAAUAGGCCGAGAUCCACACUUCGGCGGCUCAAGUGUCGUCCAGCCGUGGCGCGUGGCAGUCUACCAAAAACUAGCUUCCAAAAGCCGUCACGCCGAGGCUAUUGGCGCUAUUAACACUAUCAUGCCCCUCCGCGGCAAUGACGGAACCAUGUUCCCCCUCACCGAGCAAGCCAGCCGCCGCAACCAAGCAGGCCGCGUGCUCGGCUGGUACGGUGAGAACACAGAUUGGGUAGGCAUCAUGACAUGCAUUACCCGACACCUGUCUCCGCGUAACGCUAUCAGUGCCCGGACAACGGCACUCGUCAUCGGUGCUGGUGGUAUGGCGCGCGCUGCAAUCUACGCCAUGCUACGACUUGGAUGUCGGAAGAUCUUCAUCUACAACCGUACGCGGGCGCGUGCGGAAGAAGUCGCGCGCCAUUUCAACAGCUGGGCUGCUGAUGAGGGGGACGUAGUCCGGGUCUUGGACUCGCUGAAGCAGGAAUGGCCUGACGAUGUGCAACCUAGUCUCGUGGCGAGUUGUGUGCCUGCGGAUCCGGACCGAGAUGAGCCGCCGGCUAAUUUUGAAAUGCCCACUCAGUGGCUGGGGAGCGCGACUGGCGGUGUUAUCCUUGAGUUGGCAUAUAAACCGCUUGAUACGCCGCUACUUCGCCAGAUGCGUCGUGUUCGUAGCGAGACUGGUCGUCCUUGGGUUUUGUCUGAUGGGUUGGAGAAUGUGACGGAGCAGGGUAUUGCGCAGUUUGAGUUGAUGACUGGACGUAAAGCGCCGAGGAGACUGAUGACUUACGAGGUUUUAAGGAAUUUUGUUGGGGAUAAUGGUCGGUUUGAUGAAAAGACCAUCCAAGCCCGACUGGACGGGGUUGAGGUGGAAGGCUCAUGA